AGCCGUUGCCCGGGGACCGGGCCCGCUGUUCUGGGUGGCGUCCUCGUCCGGCAUGGGCCGGGGCUGGCAGGCUGCGGGGUUCGCCCGCCGGGAGGGGCGGGCUGCAGAGGCUCCGCGCCCUGCCGUGGGCGACCCCGUCUACCUCUGGCGGAGGCUCCGCCCGGUCACGCCGACCUCUCCGGUGCAGCCACCGCGCUGAGAUCUGGAGCCACGGCCUCCCUGCUUCUCCGUAACCACCAGCAACCAGCUUGCCCGGCUCCGGUCCAGGGGUUCCCCUGGCAUCCGGGCGAGCGUCCCUGUAGCUAUGACAUGGUGCAUUACGGCCACUCCAACCAGCUGCGCCAGGCACGGGCCAUGGGUGACUACCUCAUCGUAGGCGUGCACACCGAUGAGGAGAUCGCCAAGCACAAGGGGCCCCCGGUGUUCACUCAGGAGGAGAGAUACAAGAUGGUGCAGGCCAUCAAAUGGGUGGACGAGGUGGUGCCAGCGGCUCCCUAUGUCACUACACUAGAGACCCUGGACAAAUACAACUGUGACUUCUGUGUUCACGGCAAUGACAUCACCCUGACUGUAGAUGGCCGGGACACCUAUGAGGAGGUAAAGCAGGCUGGGAGGUACAGAGAAUGCAAGCGCACGCAAGGGGUGUCCACCACAGACCUCGUGGGCCGCAUGCUGUUGGUAACCAAAGCCCAUCACAGCAGCCAGGAGAUGUCCUCUGAGUACCGGGAGUAUGCAGACAGUUUUGGCAAGUGCCCUGGUGGGCGGAACCCCUGGACCGGGGUAUCCCAGUUCCUACAGACAUCUCAGAAGAUCAUCCAGUUUGCUUCUGGGAAGGAGCCCCAGCCAGGGGAGACAGUCAUCUAUGUGGCUGGUGCCUUCGACCUGUUCCACAUCGGGCAUGUGGACUUCCUGGAGAAGGUGCACAGGCUGGCAGAGAGGCCCUACAUCAUCGCGGGCUUACACUUUGACCAGGAGGUCAAUCACUACAAGGGGAAGAACUACCCCAUCAUGAAUCUGCAUGAGCGGACCCUGAGCGUGCUGGCCUGCCGGUACGUGUCAGAAGUGGUGAUUGGAGCCCCAUACGCGGUCACAGCAGAGCUCCUAAGCCACUUCAAGGUGGACCUGGUGUGUCACGGCAAGACAGAAAUUAUCCCUGACAGGGAUGGCUCCGACCCAUACCAGGAGCCCAAGAGAAGGGGCAUCUUCCGUCAGAUUGACAGUGGCAGCAACCUCACCACAGACCUCAUCGUCCAGCGGAUCAUCACCAACAGGUUGGAGUAUGAGGCACGAAACCAGAAGAAGGAAGCCAAGGAGCUGGCCUUCCUGGAGGCUGCCAGGCGGCAGGCAGCACAGCCCCUGGGGGAGCGCGAUGGCGACUUCUGACCCGGCGGAGGCCCUGGCCGGCCCUCCCCCUGCUCUGCUUCUGCUCCUUCUGCGUUUGGACAUAGGACUCUGCAGGGCUGCCCUCUCUAACUGGCCUGGCUCUGGAAGGGCUGGUGAGGACUCUGCCUCCUUGCCUGCCUACAAGGUGCCUGGUUUGCAGCAGGCUCUCUGCUCUUUCCAGCAAAGCUGCUCAGAGAGGGUGUCCAGCACAGUGGAGAGGCCGGAAGUGAGACGGGCAGACGGCACCUGCAGCCUGAAACGCACCGCUCCUGCGUGCGCCCCCACCUGGUCCCCGGAUGCCCCCACCACCUGGACAGAGGCCACACUGACUGCCCACCCAGCUGUGGCAGGAGGUACAGAGCAGAGGGCUUUAGGGAGCAGUGACUGCGGUCACCCCUUUAGUUCUCUGGGUGUAGACCACACCACCUCCCACUGGGCACCCCCCAACACGGUGUCCUGCCACCCAGCGCCUGGCUCCAGGAAAACACGCUUGCCUUCCUUCCCGGCAGCUUCGCCGCUCUCCUUAUGGACUCUGUUCUGUUUGUACAUGGCUGACGUAAAUCUCUUUGGUACAACCGAAUAAA